AUGGCUACCUCAGAAGCUCCCGAAGAGAGGCUGAAGAAAUUUAAGUACCGAGGCAAAGAAAUGUCCUUGAGGCGACAACAGAGGAUCGAUUCCAGCCUACAGCUCCGGAAGAGCAGGAAAGAUGAACAGGCGCUAAAGAGAAGAAAUAUCGGCCUCUUCUCCAGUGACGUGGUUUCUCAAGCACUAGUCAAAGAGGCCAACCUCACUCUGGACGACAUUAUCAAAGGGGUGAAUAGUUCAGAUACGAUCAUGUGUCUCCUGGCCACCCAGGCUGCCAGGGAAAUGCUGUCUCAGGAAAACAACCCUCCUCUAGAUGUGAUUAUUGAGGCAGGACUGAUCCCCAAGCUGGUGGACUUCCUGAAGGCAGCCCAUCUCCCCAACCUGCAGUUCGAGGCAGCAUGGGCGCUCACCAACAUUGCCUCAGGAACUUCAGAGCAGACCGGAGUUGUCGUGAAAGAGGGUGCCAUUGAGCCCCUGAUUGAACUCCUCUGUUCGCCACACCUGACCGUGUCUGAGCAGGCAGUGUGGGCCCUUGGGAAUAUAGCUGGUGACUGUGCAGAAUUCAGAGACAAUGUCAUUUCCAACAAUGCCAUCCCGCACCUGAUCAACCUUAUUUCAACAAACAUACCAAUCACCUUUCUUCGGAACAUUGCAUGGACCUUGUCCAACUUAUGCCGAAACAAAAACCCAUACCCUCCUGAGGACGCCGUGAGGCAGAUGCUGCCUACCCUCUGUCAGCUCCUGCUACAUCACGAUAAUGAGAUUCUCUCAGAUACCUGCUGGGCCCUGUCCUACCUCACCGAGGGCGGCAAGGACUACAUCCAUCACGUGGUGACCACAGGCAUCCUGCCUAGGCUUGUAGAGCUCAUGAGCAGCUCAGAACUCAAUGUCUUGACCCCUUGUCUCCACACGAUGGGCAACAUUGUGGCCGGAACAAAUGAGCAAACCCAAAUGGUGAUUGAUGCUGGCAUGUUGAAGGUAUUGGGCCAGGUCCUGAGGCACCCGAAGUCCUCCAUCCAGAAGCUUGCUGCCUGGGUCAUGAGCAACGUGGCUGCUGGGCCCAGGCACCACGUCCAGCAGCUGAUUUUGUGUAACUUGCUGCCUGUCUUGGUAAAUCUACUAAGGAAUGCAGAAUUGAAAGUCCAGAAGGAGGCUGUGUGCACCGUGGCUAACUUUGCAACAGGGGCCUCUCAGAGCCAGUUGACUCUGCUGGCCUACUCAGGAGUCUUGGAGCCAAUGCUGAAUCUGCUCACUGCCCCGGACAUGGAGGUCAUCACUGUCAUCCUCGAUGUCAUUUCUUAUCUCCUCCAGCAGAUAGACGAUCUAGAGGACAAGAAAAGGCUGUGUUUUCAGAUAGAGGAAGUUGGUGGCUUUGAAAAAAUUGAGUCCUUACAGCACCACCACAACAGUUACAUCAGCCAUAGUGCCCUGAACAUCAUUGAGAAAUAUUUAUAUGAGGAGGAAGAUGAUGACAUUUUGCCCAAGCCUGGGCUGAGAGUGUGAAGAUGUGGAGAACUGAGACAUUUCACACACCGUAUUUCAGCCAGAGCACUUGCCACUCACGGACUUCCGCAUGGCUUCUGGUGAUAGCAUGGACCACAGAAAUCCACACGGUCUCUGGUGGCAGUGCAGAUCUUGGACAAGAACCACGGACAGCAUCAUAGCUCUCAGCAGCAGCACAGACCAAUGACAUCAACAUGACUUCAGGGGCAGCACAGACCAGACACAGUGGCAUGACCUUCAUUGGUGACACAGGCCACUAACAUUAAUACAUCCCCCAGCUGCAGCAGGAUCAUGGCCCAUGGCCCUGGGCAGCAGUGGCCAAAUAUACGUGGCAAGCAUUUUUUACCAGCUGAGGAAUGGAAUGGUCUAGGGUUUUUGUUUUUGUUUUUGUUGCCUGUGUUAAUCUAUGUUGUUAGUCUGCUCCUUUUGAUUGGGGAACUGGGAUUAUUAAUAUAUGGUUAUUGAAAAGCAUGCAUUAUUUUCUGUCAUUACAUUGAGUUUUAGUGGUUGGUGUUUUCAUUUUCUGAAACAGGG